AUGCUUGCUUUGCAGAGACAAAAAGAGCCCAACAAUGAGAAAUUGCCCAAGGAUAGUGAAGACCUUGAGAAAAGAUAUAUUAAUAACAUCAUAGGUUAUGGGGUCUUCACAAAACGGGAAUUCGAAAAAGGAGAAUUCCUCCUUGAAUAUAAGGGGGAAUUGAUUAAAAAGGAGGAAGGGGCUAGGCGUGAAGAAGCCUACAAAAAAGAUCUUGGCAGCUUCUUGUUCUUUUUUGACACUCUUUGUGUUGAUGCAACAUUUGCCACGGGCCUUGGCAGAAUGGUCAAUGACAGUGAGACUAAACUGGCCAAUUGCCUAAUCAAGAAGGUAAUUGUGGAUGGCCAACAUCAUUUAGCCCUCUUCGCUAAAAAGAAAAUAUCAAAGAAUGAGGAACUACGCUAUGAUUACGGCGUGAAGAACUUGCCAUGGCGUAGGAUAAAAGAACUCUGCAAGAGAAAACCGAGAAAUUACUUCGGCGAAGUAAUGAAGAAAAUAAAUGAAGAAAUAUACUCUGAAAAACUGAAGGCAUGGAACGGCAACACAUCGCUCAUGAAAGAAGAAAAAAAUAAAGAACAAUUAAGCACCGCUUCUCAAAGCAUGCUUUAUGAUCGUCAAGAAGUGGUGAUGACAGCGGAAAAUGUAAAACAAUCAGGAACCGCUUGUCAAAACGUGAUAGUGAGGGGUAAAUUGUGAAUUUGAGUACCGUCAUUCCUGUAAUAGCAUAAGCUAAUUC